UUAGGUUUUUCAUUGUUCUUCGAGACCAAAGACUGGUACGAGGAACUGUGAAGGAUGAAGCACUUGAGUUUCAAUCUGUUGCUUCUUCUGGCGAUCGCCAUUUUCGCUACGCCGGCAUUCUCUGAUCUGAUUCUCUCCAAAGUCGAUCGUCGUAUUGAUUUGACGUCACAGAUUGUUCGCAUUACCGACACCCUUAAGGUCGCGAGUUCUGGCUCCGAUUCCGUCUCAGAGUUUCUGUUGACUUUUCCGGAGUUUCUUGGCAAAAACUUGGCAUAUUUGUGGGUUGCCCAUAAUGAAGGAAAGGGGAAAGCUAAAGAUUCUUUGGUAAAUCUUCCCGUUCAAUCAGCCAAUCCGAAAGGACUGCCUGGAUCAUUGAGUGUUUAUCUGGUAUCAUUUCCCAAAGCACUCAGUGAAGGUGAUAGUUUGACACUGGAGGUAGUUGCGGUCUUUACCAAUGUACUGCAGCCAUUUCCAGAGAAGAUUACUCAGGCUGAUAUCCAGCUUGUUAUGUUCCAAGAAAGCGCCCAUUAUCUCUCUCCCUAUGCUGUUAAGUACCAGUCGCUCUCUGUCAAAUUACCUGACUCCAGAAUUGAGUCUUACACAAAGCUGGAGAACACAAGGCAACGUGGCUCGGAAAUCAAAUAUGGCCCGCACGAGAAUCUCCCACCGUUCUCUUACUCUCCCAUCGUCGUUCAUUUCGAGAGCAAAGCACCCUUUGCUGUUGCCGAGAAGCUUGUGCGGGAAAUAGAGGUGUCUCAUUGGGGGAACAUACAGGUCACAGAGCAUUAUGAUGUUGUCCACAGAGGGGCUCAACUGAAGGGCGAGUUUUCAAGGUUAGAUUUUCAAGCUAGGCAGGAUCACAGAGGAGGAGCAUCUGCUUUUAGGCAAUUUGUUGCCAGAUUACCUCCUAGAGCCCAUUCCAUAUAUUACAGGGAUGAGAUUGGCAAUAUCUCUACAUCUUUGUUAUGGAGUGACACGAAAAAGACUGACCUACUGAUUGAGCCCAGAUUCCCGUUGUUUGGUGGUUGGAGGACUACUUUCACCAUAGGAUACGGUUUGCCACUUAAUGACUUUUUACUUGCAUCCGAGGGCAAGCGUUAUUUGAACAUCUCUUUUGGGUCCCCUAUGCUUGAGAUUGUCAUUGAAAAACUUGUCAUGAAGGUUGUCUUGCCUGAGGGAUCGGAGGAUCUAUCUGUUUCUACUCCAUUUCCUGUCAAACAGUCUGAAGAGACUAAAUACUCCCAUUUAGAUAUGGUCGGUAGACCAGUGGUUGUGCUUGAAAAGAACAAUGUUGUUCCAGAUCACAAUCAGCAUAUUCGGGUCUAUUAUCGAUUCAACAGUCUCAAUAUGCUUCGGGAGCCGUUAAUGCUGAUCUUUGGAUUUUUCGUUUUCUUCAUCACAUGCAUCAUAUACACACAUGCCGACUUCUCAAUAUCUAAGUCAUCUGCUGCAUAUUUGGCAAAACUCCAGUGGGAUGAGGUCCAAGCCACACUUCAAGAGGCCCAGAGUAUCAUCAACAAAUGCUUAGCUACCCACGAUAAGCUCGAAGCAUCAUUGCGUGAUCUCUCAAGGACUGGUGACAUUCAAGCCUGCAAAGCAGCUCGUAAGGCUGCCGAUAAUUUUCUGAAAGACCUUUCGAAAGAGCUGAAACCCUUGUCGGUUUUUCUGCAGUCCUCUCCAUUGGCCUCUCAAAUAAGUCCAAAGGUUGAGGAGUUAGUCACGAAGGAGAAAGAACUGCAAGAAAGGGUUAUGGCGAAACACACAGCUGUUGUUGACGGGUACGAGAAGAAAUCAGGGGGACAUGAUAUCGAGAACCGGGUAGCUUCUCAGCAGCAAAAGGUCACAGCUUUGAGGCAAGAGGUUGAAGAUCUUCUAGAGUUCAUCGACGAGAUUUAACUUUAAUAACACAAGUCAGUAGUAUCUGAAUUUGUAGAGUAGUACUCCCACUGGAAAAAUUUUUGUUCAUUGGGUAAUGUUUAUGAACACUGCAGCACUUGAUGAGUUUGUUCUCAGCUUUCUAGGUUGUCCCUUUUGCAUUUCUCAAAGUAAUGUUCUUCAAAAACCUCUUUCU